CCAAGAUAUGUCAUGUAUUUUUCCUUUUAUUUAUUUACAUAACUUCUCGUUGACAUAAAUUACAUAGAAAACGACCCGACAAAAGUAAGAAAUCAAAUAAACUAACACAACAGUAUAUGAUAAAUGCUAAACAUAAAUAUAAUUAUAUUAUUAAUCAAUGAUGUAUUUCAUUAAUUUCAGAUAAAUUUGUCAUCAAUAUAAUUUUUUACUCUAUUUUUUGUGUAAAAAUCAGAAGUAAAAGAAAAUUUAAAAUAAUCUACUUCAUAAACAUUUAUCCUGAAGAGAGGAAGUAGAGUACUAGAUUUGGAAGUAUAAUUAGUGAGAAUUGAUGAUAGAUACAUGGAGUGAGUGAAUUUUAGAGGCAGCCAAUAAGAAUGUAGCAAAUACACAUGGAGGAAUGUAUACUCAACAUGUAUCUGACGGGCCCCACAACACACACAAAAAAAACUCCAGUCUCCCCACCACCAACACCAACAGUCACACACUUCCCACCCCAAUAAAUAAAUACAUAAUUCAAAAGCCCAAAUCACUAAAAAGCCUCGUCUCAACUUCUCAUGCCCAAAAAAUCAAUUUUUUUAUAUAUACAUAUUUACAUACGCCCCCUUACAACCCAUCAAUUCCUUGACAACAACACCACUAUUAUAUGUUACAUUUAUUUAAUAAUAAUCAACCAUUAAAUUACUACUACUACUCCUUUUUAUUUCCUUUUUCCGCUCUUUUUUUGUGGAAGCAAAUGCCGACGCCCGUGGCCGCCGCGAGGCAAUGCCUCACGCAGGAGUCGGCCGCCGUCCUCGAUGACGCCGUGGGCGUGGCGCGCCGCCGCGGCCACGCGCAGACGACCUCCCUCCACAUGGUCUCCUCCCUCCUCUCCCUCCCGAGCUCCUCCCUCCGCGAGGCAUGCAGCCGGACUCGCAGCAAUGCUUACUCCACCCGAGUUCAAUUCAAGGCGCUCGAGCUCUCCCUCAGCGUCUCCCUCGACCGCCUCCCCUCGUCGCCGGCGGCCAAGCACGACGAGCCGCCGGUGUCGAAUUCGCUCAUGGCGGCGAUCAAGCGAUCGCAGGCGAAUCAGCGGCGGCAGCCGGAGAAUUUCAGCUUCUACCAGCAGCAGCAGCAGCAGCAGUUCUCGGCGGCGCCGCUGGUGAAGGUGGAGCUGCAGAAUCUGAUCGUCUCGAUCCUCGAUGACCCUCUCGUGAGCCGCGUGUUUGGGGAGGCGGGUUUCCGGAGCUGCGACAUUAAGAUGGCGACGCUGCGGCCCGGGAUUGGGAGCUUCCAGGUGCUGGGUUGUACCUCGAGGUACAAGCGGCCGAGCCCGCCGCUGUUCCUGUGCAAUCUGACGGCGAGCGAGGGGGAUCAUGCCGGGAUUAAUGGCGGGAAGGGUUUCAGCUUUCCGUUUAUGGGUUGUUUCGCGGGAGACGACACCGCGAGGAGGAUAGGCGAGGUUAUGCUGAGGGACAAGAAAAGAUGCCCGCUUUUGUUGGGGAUUUCUGCCACUGACGCUUUAACGACUUUCUUGGACACAGUGCGCGGCGGCGGCGGCGGCGCGUUGCCGGAUGGGCUGAGCGGGUUGCGCGUGGAGCGCGUGGGGGAGGAGAUUCUGAGGUAUUUGAGCGACGGCGACGAGGGGCCGCUGAAGUCGAGGUUGGAGGAAGUGGAGGGGGGCGGCGGCGGCGUGGUGGUGGAUUUCGGCGAUUUGGCGGCGUUGGUGGGAGACGGCGUCGCGGCGGAGAGGCUGAAGUUUUUGGUGGGGAGUUUGGGGAGGUUGGUGGUGGGUGGGAAGGUGUGGUUGAUCGGGGUAGCGGCGGCGUACGAGGUUUAUUUCAAGAUUUUGAACAGGUUUCCCUCCAUUGAAGAGGAUUGGCAGCUCGGAGUUUUGCCCAUUACUUCCCUCAAGUUCGCCAUGGGAGGCUCCUACCCUAGAUCCAGCUUGAUGGAGUCUUUCGUUCCGUUGGGCGGGUUCUUCUCGUUGCCACCUGAGACGAAUGCGUGCCAAUAUGUGGGCCGUUGUCACCUAUGCAACGACAAGUACGAACAAGAAGUGGCCGCAGUUUCAAAUGGUGGUGAGAAGCAUCAAUCAGGUUCCAUGAAGGGCACAGAUGAUAGAGUGUUACUGAAUGCCAAAAUCAGUGGGCUGCAGAAGAAGUGGGAUGGCAUCUGCCAGCAACACCACUUGGGCCGGCCUCACGCCCACCAAGUCCCGCCCCGUGUUCUAGGAUUCCAAGUCAGGAAAGGGAACGACCGUGGUGACAACUCGAACGAGUCAUCCAACGACAAGAAUGCAGAAUCCACUCACCUACAGAAGAGCUCCUCCUCACUCACCUCAAAAUCUGGUGAAAUUGUCCCUCCAAAGAUGAAUCCUUCAACCGCGGAUGAUGAUCGCGCCUCUCCAUCUUCCGUUACUUCGGUCACCACUGAUCUAGGGUUGGCCAUCGUGGAUGCAUUCACCCCCACCAUCUCUAAUGAUCUGGUCAAAGAUCCCAAGCUGCUUUACAGAGCUCUUCUCCAACGACUUGGCCAUCAAGAAGAAGCGGUUAGCUCUGUAGUCGAGGCUGUAACGCGAGGAAUCAACCGUAGAAAUAUCUGGAUCAAUGUGCGAGGAGGCGAUGGAUUGAGCAAGAAGAAGCUGGGGCUGGCCAUGGCAGAGGUGAUGUACAGAAGCAGAGAGAGCCUUAUCUAUGUGGACUUGAGUUUCCAAGAAGAGGUGAUGAUGAGCCAAGUAGAUGCUCUGUUCAAUGCCCAAUUCAGUAACAAAUACGAGUUAACAAUGAGAGGGACUGUUGUUGACUACUUGGUCGAGAAGCUGAGCCGGAAGCCAGCCGUUGUCUUCCUCGACAACGUCGACAAGGCCGACCUCGUGGUCCAGAAGACGUUGCUGCAGGCCAUCAGGAGUGGGCGGUUCACGGAUUGGUGCGGACGAGAGGUGAGCGUCAGCAACUGCGUAUUCCUCGGAGCCACGAGGCUCUCGGAAGGCAACGAGGAGGAUGUGGUGGGGACGGGGGCGGGGGCGGGGGCGAGGGGGAGUGCAAUGCAUAUAGUGGUGAGAUUCGACCUGAGCGACGAUGAUCCGACGGUGAACAAGAGGAAGCUGGUGGGGCGGGGAAGCGAUAGAAGCAGCAUCAUCAGCGGCAGCAGCCACGAGAUGGCGAAACGGGCGCACAAGGCGUCCAAGUCCUACCUGGACUUGAACCUCCCAGCUGAAGGGAGUGAGGUAUGCAACGUGGAAUCGGAGUCCGAGUGCGGCUCCGGCUCCGAGAGCUCGAGGUCGUCGUGGAUGGAAGAGCUGGACAGGGAGGUGGAUGAGACGGUGGUGUUCAAGCAGUUCGAUUUCCCAGCUCUCGAGAAGAAGGUGUUGGAGAGGGUGGCGGGGUGCCUGCGCGACGUGGUGGGGUGCGAGUGCGCGGUGGAGGUGGAGGGGAAAGCGAUGAAGCAGAUUGUGGCGGCGGCGUACUUGUACGGCAGCAAGGUUGUGGAGGAUUGGAUUGAAAGUGUGGUGAGGCAGGGGUUUGUGGAAGCCAUGGGGAAGUAUAGCCUGAGUGGCCGUUCGAUCGUUCGGGUCGACGCCGUCGGGGAGGAGCUGCCGCAGCCGCAGCCGCAAGGGCUGCUGCCGGCCAGAGUUGCGGUCAAGUAGUUGGAGGGUAGAAUUUUUAGAUGGUUGCUGUAAGUAAAUGUGUAUGUUAUCCCUAUGAUGUGGAUUUGGAGGUAAUGAAGCAGUUGUGAUAUUCUAGGUUAUAUAUAAGUAGUAUAUAAAUGGAGUAGCAAUGUAGCAUGCUUUAUGAUCCCUAGCUGUUGCAGAUGGAUGUAAUUUUUCUUGUAAGAUUAUUUUGUAGUAGCUAUAUAUAUAGAUAUAAGCAAGGAAGAUAGUCGAAAAUAGACUUGUUACAAAGUCGACAAAUUUCUUGCUGUUAGCCUAAAACUAGUUUCUUACAUCCAUGCAAUGCGAGGGAUUUAUACAACAUUUAUAAUAAAAAAAAUGUAAGUAGAAGUGUGCUACAAAUUACUAUUACAGCUACAUAUAUACCACUAAGUAAAACUACAUUAUUAAUAUAAUAAAGUGGAAUCUUAUUGCCUCAAAAAAAGUGGAAUCUUAUAUGCAUAUACAUAUCCAAUAAUGUAUAUAUAAAAGUAGAUUUUUAAAAUAUUCAAAUUGAGAUAAUAAUUUUUUUAAAAAAUAAUCACACUUACUAUUUACUAUUUUAAUUACCUCCAUAAUUCAUAAUUCGGACGAAAUACUCUUGAUUGUGAAUGGAAAUUUUUAGAUUAUUAUUCACCACUCAAAAAUACUCUUAAUUAUGAAACAGCUCAUUCAAUUUACAGCUUAAACUACUCAGCUUUUAUUGUUAGUAAAUCACAACUUCUAACACGGAAUAAAUAAAUAGAGUUGAUAUACUCUAUAAAUCACACAGAUAAAAGCAAGCAGAAAGCAGAUCCCCCAAUCAAAACCAAAAAUCAAGUAAAAGAUGAUCAUGAGAUUGGGCUUCCCACAUAAAAAAAUCAGUCAGAUCGAAAAUUGAGCGCUGAAAAUAGCAUAAAAAUCCAUCAAAACAACACACCACACAUCUUUACUAUCAAAAUGAAAAACAUACCUCUCUCUCUCUCUAGACUAUAGAUUGGACGAAGCGAAUUGCACUCUCUCUCUCUCUAAAAAGAGACGACUUGUUGGCGUUGUUAAUGCUGCGGGGGUAACUGUAUUUUUCGAGUGGGUUACAAUGGUGGCAACAGCAUAUCUCCGGCUAGAGUAGUAAAGAAGGCAGGUGGACCUGACGCCGCCGCCCGUGGAGGCGAUAGCGGAGAGCUUCGGGGAGUGGGUUAGGAAUGAAUUGGAGAAGCGGUUAGCGUGUUACUCGACAGGGAC